AGUAGAAAACAGUUGAAGAGAGAGAGAGAGAAAGAGUCUGAGAGAGAGGUGGGUGCAGAGAGGACAGAGAGGAUUCUAAUCAUGUCAGCUUCAUGGGAGAGACUCCUGUUUCCGACCGUUCUUCUUCUCGCCUCCUUCAGAAACAUCCAUACAAAGACAACAGGGCCGACAACUCCCCCCAUGGUUCCCAUCAGCCCUCUGCCAACAGAUGUGAGAAGUGUUGAACUUAAAGGGAAAAGUCACACAGAGAAAGUUGAGCUGCUGAAUCCGGUGGAGCUCGUGCUCGAGUGCACUUGGAGCGGCGAUGUGAACAGAGCAGCAAACCUGACUGGUUACUGGAGGAAAGACGGACAGGAAAUUGAGAACACUCAAGUCACAGUGCAACAGCAGAAGGAGAAAUAUGUUCUGAGGAGAGUGUUCAGUAUUGCCAGUAAAGAAAACCUUGGAAAUUAUUCCUGUUUAUUCGAAAAUGAAGCUAAAGUUGAUUUCAUUUUGGCAGGCCCACAGAUUGGGGAGGUGCGAGACAAGCCCAUUGUCAGUUAUGUGGGGGAUUCUGUGGUGAUUCCCUGUAAAAUGGAUGAAACCAAACCAAAACCUGUUUCCUGGAACUGGUACACAGUCAAUGGCACGGAGAAAGAGCAGAUUGUUGUUCAGCCUCAAAGGUAUGAGAUAGAAAUCAAAAAGGGGGAGAGUAAAUUGUUGGUUCACAAGCUGACGGAGGCAGACUCUGGUCUGUAUUACUGUGAAGCCGUCUACGCUGUCAGCACCACAAUGGCCCAUGUGGAGCUCAGGGUCAUCACGCUAUUGGAACCUCUGAAGCCUUUCAUUGUCAUCCUGGUGGAAGUGGUGCUGCUGGUGGCUGCCAUUCUGCUCUACGAGAGAAGCCAGGCCAAGAAGGGUGCAGCUGGAGGUGACAACACUAACACCGACCAAACCAACACACUGACACAGGGAGAAAACAGUGAGUCAGCAGAGAGCUCCUCCGUGAGACAACGCAAAUCUUAAAGAGCAGAAGCUGCCGUCUAGUCUACUCAACAACUUUAAACAAAUAUAAAUGUUAGCGCUAACAGCAAUACUGACACUCCUACAAGUGACUGUGGUUGUCCUGUUGAAACUGUUGAAGCGGUGUACUCUCACUUCACGUCAAACCAUCUUUUUCUUGGUACUGAGAAUUGUUCUUAUGCAUUUUCACAUCACAUCCCUGCCACUUGUUGUCUAUGUGUGAUAUUCAUGGUUAGUGCCUUGUACCGACUGAACUGUGCAAACAAUAUUAGUCCUAAUCCUGUCUAUUUACAUAUAAAACAUACUGUAUAUGU